AUGCCCAUAUCAGUUCAAGAAUUAAAAGGGAACUAUGGCGAUAGUGAUUAUAGCAGUGAUUCAGAUCAAGAUCCACAUGAUUUAGAGGAUAUUGCUGGAGUUCCUUAUAUUCAAGCCCAGUCUAUACGUAAUAAAAUUGACGAAAUAAAUCUUUUAUUGCAAGAAGGGAAACAAAUUGAUCUGUUGCAAUAUGCACCGUUAUACAUAGUACAUUAUCGUGGAACACAUUUUUUCACUCAAUUCUUUACACAAGAUAAACGGCGCCAAGUUCGAAAUGAAAUUCAACAUGGAAUAUUUAAUCAAAGAGGAAUUUAUAGUUCGGCAGUGUAUGACGAAGCUAAAUUAAAAAUAGGUGAAACAUUGAAUACAACUGAAAAAAGACAUCGAAUGAGAGAAGCGAUCCAAACAAUCAAUGGCAAGUUUAGGCUCAUGGAAAAAACUAAACCAGAGACAAAAAACGCAUCGUAUGGAAAAGGAAAACGUCACAAAAACUUAUUGUUGCGACAUUAUCAACGUUUUGUUAAUAAUUACGAAGAGUUUCGACAAGAAAGUGAAUUGGGUACUGAGGAACAUUAUAAGAUACUACGAGGUGGAAAUCCCUACAUUUCAACAGCGGAUGAUCCAAGACACGCAGUACUGUAUGCGUUAGGAGGAAAAUCUGAUAUAAAACAUGGCACAUUGAGGCCAUGCUAUUCGGCUAACAAGAAGCAACCAACUCGUGCUAAACAUCCCAAAGUAGGUUAUGUUCAAAUCAUAUUGCAUUCGCUUAGAAACGAGUCUGACGAAAAACUUGUUAAAAAGCUGGAAAAACUUACCAUGAAUGAUGAUAAAAAAUCUAAAUUAGUAAAAAAAUUGCAACAUCGCGAUCAAGGAAAACAAUCUGUAAUCAAGGAAUCGGCUGAGCUAGCUAAACAUGUAGCCAAACAAAAUAUGAAAUGUUUUAACGUUCCUGGGGAUGGACAAUGUUUUUAUCAUUCUGUAGAACACCAGUUAGAUCGAGUACUCGGGGCCGCAGAAUUUCAAAAUUUGACUACUCAACCAAUUAUCGAACACGGCAUCAACGAAAUAUUGAACAACAUUGAUCAUUAUAUAGGGUGUCAAACCGAUAUAGAUGAUCCGAAUGAAUUUAUUAAUAGUUUAGAAAAUGAAUGGGCAGAUAAUUGUAUGAUUCAAGCUAUCGCCGACGCUCUAAAUCUAGAAAUUAGAAUUAUACGUAGUGAUGGAAAUACCAAUACAAUCCAAGGUAGAAACAGUGAACAUAUUAUUUAUUUGGGAUAUGAAGUUGGUUUACACUACCAUUCGUUAAUUUAUCUUGAGAAUAAUAAAACUAAUGAAACGACAAUAAUGAAUAAUGAUGAUGAUAUUCAAUUUAAAACAAAAUCUGAUUUAGACGAGUCUGACGAAAAACUUGUUAAAAAGCUCGAAAAACUUACCACGAAUAAUGAUAAAAAUCUAGAUUAG